AUGGCUGUAAAUAUCUACGACUCUGGGAUAGAUGAACACGUAUCAGUGGAGCAGUCUGGUGCACCGGGAGAGCUGGUCUGUACAAAACCAUUUCCAAGCCAACCACUUGCCUUCUUAGGGAAAGCUGGUGCCAAGCAAUACAAGGCUUCUUACUUUGAACGUUAUGGGCCGAGUGUUUGGUGCCAAGGAGACUUCGUUCAGCGGUCUCCAGCUACGGGAGGAAUUACCAUGCUUGGCAGAUCCGACGGCGUCUUGAAUCCUUCAGGGGUGCGAUUCGGUUCAGCAGAGAUCUACGCAGUUAUAGAGACCUUCACAGAGGUCCUGGACAGUAUCUGUGUUGGCCAGAAACGAGAAGUCGAUACUGACGAACGGGUACUGCUGUUUGUCAAGAUGAAGCCUGUCAAACCUCUAACGCCCCAUCUCGAGAGUAAGAUAAGAGCCGCCAUCCGCGAUCGGUACUCGCCGCGCCAUGUACCAGCAUACAUCUUUGAGGUGGAUGAUAUUCCUUAUACAGCUAAUGGGAAAAAAUGUGAGAUCAAUGUGAAGCACGCGAUCAACGGCAAUAAGUUUGCCGUGGCCGGAUCAGUGGCCAAUCCGGCAGCUCUCAAGGCUUAUGAGAAGUUCCGGGAUCUACCAGCAGAGGGGUCUAGAAAAGGCAAUGUUGCCUCCAAGAUCUGA